GAAUAGGGCUGACAGUGUGUCGGGGCACCGGAUUGUCCACGCACCACACGAGACUACCUCCUUUCCCCCUCUGGCUCUCUCUCUCUCUCUCUCUCUCACUGAGUCCGGGGCAGACGGAGCGUUUGGUGCUGAAAUGGAAAGGGAAAAGCACAUUAGCCCAUCCAAAGAAGAAGCAGCAGCUGCGGAAUGGCUCCCCCUUCAACAGCACCCCAUCUUCAGCAGCUGCAGCAGCAGCACUCCCUCGUCAGACUGUCGACUUCCGUUCAACCUCCUCGCUUGGGACGGGGCAUCACGCCUCUACUUGUGGGAUCCCAACACCCGCCGCCUCCAUCGCCUCUCCCUACGCUUUCCCGACCUUGACCCUGCUUCCAUUGAGGCCUCUUCAGUUUCCAAGAUGUUGUGUCCAGACAUUCAGAUUCACUUCACAAUCUACAAUAUCUCUGUCAAUAGGACUGGAUCAUCACUGCUCCUCUCUGGUCCUGAUGGCCUAUGUGUCAUGUAUCUAUAUGGACAAACUUCAAUAAAAGAUAAUGCCAUCAUCUGCAGGACAAUUUCAGUUGGUUCCCAAGUUUAUUUUGACAGCAGCAAUUCCAUGCGAACUUUACAAGCCUCUUGGCACCCUUAUAGUGAUACCCACUUGGGAAUUCUUUCUUCUGAUUCAGUUUUCAGGCUAUUUGAUUUGUCCACUGAUCUUGAGCGACCAGAGCAGGAAUAUUAUUUGCAGCCAGUCGAACCUGUUAGAUGCUGCAAUGCCGUGUCAGUAUGCCCAGUGGCCUUUUCUUUUGGAGGUGAACACUUGUGGGAUAGAUUUUCUGUUUUUGUCGUAUUUAGUGAUGGUUCAAUAUAUGUUCUUUGCCCAAUUGUUCCUUUUGGAAGUUUCUAUAGCUGGACAUCUAUUGAGGAGAUCUAUAAAGAUGCACAUACAUUUGGGCAAAAGUCAUCCAAUUUACAAGCUGUGACUAGUUCCAGUUUUGCUAUUGCUUGGUUGGAAGCAACCUUUCCUGACUUUGGUAACCAUGAGAUGGAAGGAGGCAAUUUAUUGGCAUUGAAAGCUCGUCCUUAUGUGCCCUUUGAUGCAUCUCUUGCAUUGCAGGGACCUCUCCGUAAAGUGUGUCGCCAUGAAAACAUUGAAGAUUCCGAAGUCUGGAAUGCUGAAUGUGAAGGUCGAGCAGUGAGUUUCCUUUAUAAUUCAAUCAGCCAAGACUCAGUUUUAUUGACUGCCUGGAGCAGCGGGCAGUUGCGUAUUGAUGCCCUUGCAGAUGAGCUACAGCCUGUCUGGAAUGUUGGUAGUUCACCUCGUCUCCGUGUUGAUUCUGGCCACAUUGUAGGAGUUGCUAUGAUUUGUGAGUCAAUCACACAGGAAUUUGUGAAGCCCGACCAAGAAAUGCACAUCAGCAAUAUGGUUGAUACUAUGUGGUUGGGACAUCCACCUCCGUUACUACGGUUAGCUGUUGUGGAUUUGGCUUUGCCAGCAAAUGCAGCCAAUGGUACUCUGAUUUCAAUAUUUGCAGAUCCUUUAGUUCCAGAGAGAAUAUAUUGUCUGCAUGGGAGCGGAAUAGACUUGAUAGUGCUGCAUUUUCUACCUUUUUCAAAUCAGACUACUGGAAAGGAUGAGCCUGUGAAAGCUCCUUCUGUGUAUCCCAUUCUCACCACAUGCCAUAGUGAUAUGUGCUCCCCGUCUUCUCUUAAUGGCUUUGUUGCACUGGCAGAUUCAUUUGGUCAUUCAUGGAUUGUAGGGGUCACUUCUCAGGAAUGCAUUGUGAUGGACAUGAAGGAUUGGAACAUGACAUUGCCCCUUCAUGUUGAUGGGGAUAUGAAAUCCAUGGAUUAUACAGAUCCAUCUGAGAUAGGUACCCCAGAUAUUAUAAGUAAAGAGCUACUUAUUGGCCCAAAAGUUGUUCUCACACCUCAGGCCUCAUCAGCUCUACGUUCUUUGGCUGCUGAUUCUAUUGAAGGCCGAUCAACUCUUCAUCACUACUUCAAGCUCUUCCAUGAAAAUUAUGUGGAGUAUGGGCACAAGGUCUACAUAGAGCUCAAGCAUCAUGGUGCUUAUCUGAAGAGGAUUCUCACCAACCAGCAUGAACGUUUACGUGAGGCGAACCAGAAGCUUCUUAAUGUUGAGGAGAAACAACGGAGCUUAGAUGACAGGAUACAUCAUGCAGUCCAGAUGUAUGGAUUCUUAGAAGAGCGUUUACAGAGAUUCAGAAGCUUACCUGGAGCCAACCAAAAACCACUAUCAAGAGCAGAGCGUGAAUUCAAGUCACAGCUUGAGCCUCCAGAGGAUCCAUCACCAUUGGAAGCGCAUGUCGUUGAGUUGCCACAGUUGCAUGUUUCUUGCCUCGCGGAGCCCGUAGAGGGCGUGGUUGCUUUGGGCACUGCGAUCGACGUGUCGCCACAAUUGUCCAUCCCUUAUCCCACGGGGUCCGAAGGGGGUGUUCCCAUCACGGAGGUGCCGGUUGAGGAAUUGUUGGAGCCUUCCGCUCCCCUUCCUACCGAAGAUUCAAAGGGCGAGGGGGCGCCAGACGUGUCUACCGAAGUGCCUCCCUCGCCGACCAUUUUAGUGGUUUCGACAGAAGCGACGGAGGUAGGAAUUGCUCUAAAGGUCACUGAGGGUCCAUCGACUCCCACCAUCAGGGCUCUUGUGGAGGAAGUUAAUGCAACUGCCUUUGCUGAAGAAGUCCUCACAGCCGCUCCUGUAGUGGCAAUGGCUCCUAUUUAUAAUGCCCGACAGCUCGCGAUGAACUUUGUCCGACAGAUAGUGACCCUUAUUUCCACCAAGUUGGCUUAUCCCGACAACUGGUCUGGUCUUCAUGUGGAACGAGACAUGCUGUUGUCUAGUGCUGUGUGGGUUGGGAUAGAUGUCGGCUUGGUCGGUAAUCUUCUAGCCAGGUUUUCGGAUACGAUGAGUCGAUUAGAGCAGACCAAGGCCGAGGCUGCUACUGUACAGGCUGCCCGGGAGCAGAGAGAUCGACUACUAGUUUUGGAGGCUGAAAUUCCUCGACUUAUGAGAGUAUGCGACGUGACAACCAACUCUGCCAAGGCAGCGGAGGAAGACGCUGCGGUGCAACAGGAGAUGCUUUGUGUGGCACGACGAAAGAUUGCGAAUUUGAGGGAGUUGCUUAUGGCAGCUGAGGCAGAGGAGCAAGCGACGGAGGCUAGACUUGCCGAUGCCAAGAAAUUGGUGGAGACUACGAGGGCCAUUGCUUGGGGCGAGAAGGAUCAGUUGGUUGAGCUGCAACGAGAGAUGUUAGAUCUGCAGGAAAAUUUAGCUAACCUUCCUGACUACUCUCAAGACAUUGCACAGGGUGAGGCAGAGGCCGGUAGGUUGAGAGGAGAGUUAUCUGAGGCGUUAAGGGAUCUUAUGUAAUCUUCCUCUAUUUUGAAAUUGUGAACGAUUGUAAAGCACAUGGCACAAUUUCGUGGUAGUAAUGAAAGUUGUUUUGUCA